AGAUGAUGCACAGCCAGCGGCCCCUGGCGACAUGCCUGCAACGUCAGAGAGACGAUUCAGUAUGGCCGCAGAUAGGAGACCUAGCAUGGCGGGAACGGCGGGCAUGGCGGGACCUUCGGACAGACGACCCAGCAUAGCCGGUCCACUUGCAGCCGCAUCGCCUGCUGGACUUGCUGCAGGAGGCGCUGCGCCCAUGGCUGCGGAAGGCGCUGCGCCCCUGGCUGCGGGAGGCGUUGCGCCCCUGGCUCCAGGAGGAAACCCCCAGCAAGCACCAUUAGGACCACUCGACACCCCGCUUGAAGUGAAAGCUCUGCAGCCAGACGAGGAUGGAGCAAUGGCGCGGUUUUGGCGAUCGUGCUGGGAGUCGCCAUAUUAGUCGUCAUUGUGUGCCUGGCGGCGACUGGAGCAAUGGCAGGUGGCGCAGCGGAAUUGCCCAGCAGUGUCGACAAAGACUUUAGCAACGCAUCUACGCACGGUCCGCG